CAGCUUGAGUUGUUGGGCAAGUGGCCGUUGGUCUCGAAGAGACGUGAGUUCCGCAGCAGAAACAGCCAUUACUGCGGCGGGCUCGUGAGCUCCACUGCGUUCUUCCGGCUUCAGUGAUGGCUCAUGAAGCAAUGGAAUAUGACCUUCAGGUGCAGUCAGAUCAUCAUGCUGCAGAACAGCCUGUUCCUGCUGAAGUGGUCAGCAGACAAGGGGAAGCACCCCUGCUCCAGCCUGCUCCUGCUGAAGUGGUCAUCAGUCAGGAAGAACCGCACCUGUUGCAGCCUGCUUCACAGGUGUCCAUUGACCUGACAGAAGAAACCGACCCCUUGGAAGAAGAGAAUGUGGAGAACAUCAAUCCAGGAGCUUCAGAGGAACGCAGGCAGAGAUCUGGUCAUAACAGCCUCAUGCAAGUGACUCCAAUGGAUUCAAUGAGCAACUUCAUCAGUGGGCUACAGAGACUUCAUGGCAUGCUGGAAUUCCUGAGACCGCCUUCAGACAACAAUGUGGGGCCAGUGAGAGCCAGGAGGAGAGGAUCUGCUUCACGCAGAGCAAGAGCUGGAGGGUCUCAGAGGACAGCCAGUGCCAGGUCCAGAGCACCGUUGGAUGCUUACUUUCAAGUGAGCAGGACCCAGCCUCAUUUGCCAACUACCUCUCAUGAUUCAGCGGCUAGUAAUCCUGUCCCUGAAGACUUGCAGAUAUUAAGUAAUUCCGAUUCUGACAGUGACAGUUCCAUAGAGUAUGAAGAGGUUGUUGUCCAGGAGGAAGAACCUGGAGCUGUCAUUUUAGAAGAACAACCAGGAGGUAUUUCAGCAGAGCAAGAAGUUAUAUGUAUUGGUGGAAGAGAGACCCCCCCCAAACAGCAGUCUUCCCAGAAGUCUAGCCCUCUUCUACCUUCAGCUUCUACAGAUGAGGAAGAAGGGGAUAUUUGCACAAUAUGUUUAGAACAGUGGACCAAUGCUGGGGAUCACCGGCUCUCAGCAUUACGUUGUGGGCACCUCUUUGGGUAUAAGUGCAUUUCUAAGUGGCUCAAAGGACAGACACAUAAAUGUCCUCAGUGCAACAAGAAAGCCAAGCAGAGUGACAUUGUUGUCCUUUAUGCCCGAACCCUGAGAGCUUUGGACACUAGUGAACAUGAGCACAUGAAAAGUUCCUUACUAAAGGAGCAGAUGCUAAGGAAGCAGGCUGAAUUAGAAGCAGCACAGUGCCAGCUCCGACUUCAAGUCCUCACUGAUGAGUGUACUAAGCUUCAUGAUCGUGUCCAGGACUUGCAAAAACUUAUUCUGGAGCAACGGGAUUGGAUUUUACAGAAAGCCAAGGGCGGCAACAUACGUGUCCUGAAGGGCCUGCCCUCCAGCCAGAGCAAUCACAAGUAUCAUUUCCAGAAGACCUUCACAGUGUCUCAGCGUGGAAACUGCCGAACCAUGACAUACUGUGAUGUUCCGAGCUGCCUGGUGGUAUCACAGCCUUCUCCUCAAGCCUCUUUCCUUCCAGGCUUUGGUGUUAAGAUGUUGAGUACUGCCGACAUGAAAAGCAGUCAGUACAUUCCCUUGCAUACCAAACAGAUCCGCGGACUGGCUUUCAGCCUUCGGUCCAAAGGCUUACUUCUCUCUGCUUCCCUAGACAACACUAUUAAACUGACCAGCCUGGAAACAAAUACUGUGGUCCAGACUUAUGAUGCUGGACGUCCUGUCUGGAGCUGCUGCUGGUGUCUUGAUGAAAGCAAUUACAUGUAUGCUGGAUUGAUCAAUGGUUCAGUUCUGGUAUAUGACCUUCGAAACACAAGUUCUCAUGUCCAGGAGUUAGCACCUCAGAAAGCCAGAUGCCCUGUGGUGUCCCUCUCAUACAUACCCAGAGCUGCCUUGACUGCAUUUCCAUAUGGUGGAGUGUUGGUUGGAACCUUGGAGAAUGCGUCCUUCUGGGAGCUAAAAAUGGGCUUUUCUCAUUGGCCUCAUGUGCUGCCCAUGGAGCCAGGGGGCUACAUAGACUUUCAGACAGAGAAUAGCAUCCGACACUGUCUUGUGACCUACCGGCCUGAUAAAAAUCACAACACCUUACGAAGUGUGCUGAUGGAGAUGUCUUACAAGCUAGAUGACACUGGAGAACCAGUCUGCUCCUGCCAUCCUGUAGAGACAUUCCUUGGGGGACCUACUUGCAAACUACUGACCAAAAAUGCCAUUUUCCAAAACCCAGAGAAUGACGGCAGCGUCCUGGUGUGUACUGGGGAUGAAGCAUCAAAUUCUGCCCUGAUAUGGGAUGCUGGCACUGGCUUGUCGCUGCAGGAACUGCGUACUGAUCAGCCUGUCUUGGACAUCUGCCCAUUUGAGGUGAACCAAAGCAACUUCUUGGCUACCUUAACAGAAAAGAUCGUCUCCAUCUAUAGGUGGGAGUGACUCUGGUCUUGAAACUUACCAGGCAUGCUGCUGGUUAAUGUUAAUUGUUGUUUGCUAGCACUCAGCAGCCUUGAGCAAGAUCCCAGCCUGUUGUCUGUGGCCUAGAACUGUUGGGAACAUGGUUCCUUUGGAUUAGUAUGAUUCUCAGACUCCAAGUCAAUGAAACAGUACAGCUUGUAUAUUUGCUGUGCCCAUGAACGAUGUAAGUGACUGGUACUCUGUCUACAUUAUUCAUUUCUUGAGUUAAAAGCCUUAAUGAAUCUUUGUUGAGAAUCUGUAUUUUCACUCAGACUGUCUGCUGAACCUCAGAGUAUCCUCCCAGCAGUCAUUUAGGAUAUGAUUGUGCACCAGCCAUUUUGUAGGACAUGUGACACUCUGCUUGAGUGGCCUUGUCACUUGGGCUGUUUGGUUUGGGAAUGCUCUGGAGGGACUGACUAACAACCAUCUUGAUGCAGCUUGGAUGCAGCGAGGAUACGGAAGUCUUCAGUUGAACACAAGAGGGCACUAUAGAACCUAGCAUAGGAUUUGAUCUAUUGGGUUGUUGGAAGAGUCAUGACGUAUUUUUCUGUUUUUCGUUGCAAAAAUGCGUCAUGACUUUUCCGAAAACUCAAUAUUUCUGACCUUGUGGGCUGACAACCUUUUAAUAAUUUGGUCUCAUCCUCACAGAGUUAUGUGGUAAAACACAUCUAUCUGAUAUGCUUUGUGGCAACCAGUUAUGUGCCGGGUGUGCAGUGCUGGGAUGUUGACAAGCCUAAUGACGGAGGAGCUAUAGACACUUUCCUAAUGCUGAGUGCAUUAUGUUCAUAGCAUUUGUGGGAGCCAAGGAAAGAGACGGGUUGUUUGAGCAGUGGGGAAGACUCAUUUUUUUUAUAUAGGCCAGCGCUUUGAAGACCACUCCGUUUCCCUCUCACUGGGAAAAGAUGAGUGAUGUGUUAAAGCUCUUAUUUGAGUCUCCUAGUAUCAUAUCAGGAGCAGUGGGCUAACUAAAAGAGACUUAGAAAAGAGAAGCAAUUCAGACUGCUGCUGAAAACGGGAAGGGCUUGUCUCUUCCAUUCUGAUAAGUGUUCCAUCUGAAUAAAGCCAACCCUUCAGAGUGAGGGACUGUUCCUGAGCAUGUUUAGAAUUCCCGUGUAAAGCCUUCCCCAUGUGAAACUCAAGUUUGAUUCCAAGUUCCUUUGAUUUGCCUCCCUUCCUAACCUUUUCUAAAAAUAUUGUUAAUUAAAUGGUUAUUCUCAGGAAGAUAAUAGUGGUUUGUAGACCUGUGAAUUGCAGGGAGAUGUCCACCAACUUUCAUUUUAACCCUAGAUUGUCCUACUUUGGGUGCUGCAUUUUUCUCCAGUAGAGGGCUCAAUUUAUAUGUCUUUGCUUUGCUUAAGGCUACUCUGCUAAACAGCUCCCUACAAUGAAACAUGCCUCAAGGUGUGAAUGGUCAGUGCACAGUUCUUGGGAGCAAGAUGGCUAAGAGUGUGAUUUUCUUAAGUAAUUGUUAUAGAAAUGUUAUUUUUAUUUUAAAAUAGUUCUGACCUGUCAGCUGCUGAGCUGUUUAUAGCAUUUGUCACCAGCAAGGGGUUAUUGCAGUAGAUUUACCCAGAGUUCCAAGUUCUAGUUGUGCCUUUUAAAGUGUGGCCUCCUAUUUAAGGAUGUCUUUCAAAAAGUCAGUUUCCAGGGCCUGGGAAAGAGCCCCCUUUUAUCAGAGGAGAUAUUCCUUUUGAUAUGACUGUCCUGGCCUAGAGUUUCAGUGGCAGAAUGGCAUUUGAAUUAAAAAGCAGAACUCAUCUUGUUUCAGCAGAUUGUCACAGAGAGGGAUGCAAGUGGUCUGACCCUGGCUGCCUUUUGUCUUGGGCAGGGUUAGGAUUUGACUGGCUUUGAAGUAUACACAAUGGAUGCUGAUUGAUUCCCCUAAGUGUAGGAACCAAGGGACUUAUUACCAGGGAAGCUGGGUGAAUCGCCUCUUGCCAGUCCUUGCAUUCCUUUAGUAAAUUUGGAUGUUUUAGAAAAACCAAUUUGUGUGACUGUUUUCUCCAAACGAAGAAACUUUACCCCCAGCCACUCCUGCCUGACAGGAGAUUGCAUCUGUAGAUGCAGGCUCUGCCUCACCAAGUUUCCUCAUUCCUGUCUCUAAGGUUGUUUUCCCAUUUGAGGAUUUGGAGUUAAGCAAACUAAAAAUAUCUUGUCAUUGUAUAUGUCUUUGUACCUGUUUUAAAAACAGGGCAGUGAGAUCUCUGCUCGUUUCAUUCAGAUCUAUGUUUGAAUAUUUGUGUUUUAUAUUUUAAUGUUAAUAUGAAAAUAAAGAAUUUGCCAAGUGUAA